CAUCUUGUUCGCCAGGGACGACAGAGCCCGGGGAGUCCCAAGAAGAGCAGGCACCAGGGACCACACUCGGACCUUGGACCCCCAGGUCACAUGCAACAUGGCCAGCCCCCUUUCCCAGAGCCUAAACAUAAGCAAAUGAGGUGUCAAAGCAAUUGAGGCCUGGGGUGGGCUUGAAGCACACAGACAGCGGUGCCCAGAAAGCAGCACCCAACACCCCUGCCCCUACCUCCCAGGACACCCAAAGAAAAGCAGCCACUAUGCAUCUUCCUGAAAGCCUGCAGGACCUGGCGGACAGUGAAACUGUACGCUUUCUGAAGAGACCAAAGAGCAUCUCGAGGGUCUGCGGAGGGGUCUUCUCCCUGGUCAUCUUUUCCUCUCUACUAAUUGAUGGUUACCAGAACAGGGCAGAGUCUCCUGAGCUCCACUGUGUCUUCAACCGCAAUUAUGUGGCCUGCGCCCUCGCAGUAAGAGCUGGCUUCCUGUCCUUCCUCAGCAGCUUGGUCUUCCUUGCCCUAGACGCCCAUGAGAACCGCAUCAUAGAAAGCGGCUCUAAGACAGCCUUCCGGCUCUUAGACUUCAUCCUGGCUGUCAUCUGGGCAGGUGUCUGGUUUGGGGCCUUCUGCUUCCUAGCCAACCAGUGGCAGCAAUCGGAUUCCAAGCAUUUCCUCACGGGGAACAGCAGCCCCAAGGCAGCCAUUGCCUUUGCUUUCUUCUCCGUCCCUGUCUGGAUAUUCCAGGCGUACCUGGCCUUCCAGGACCUCCGAAAUGAGGCUCCGUUCCCCUACAAGCGCUCCCAGGAUGAGGGUGCUGUGGUGCUGAACACCCUUUCUCCGUCAUCCACCAGUAGUCCUGCCGACCCUCCCACCACAGGCCCCAACAGUGUGAGUUACAGCAGCUCAGCCCUGUCUCCCUACCUGACUACUCCAAAGGCCCCCCGCCUGGCUAUGAUGCCAGACAGCUGAACAGCCUUACCUACAUCAGUAAAGAGCUCCUUCUCCUGAGGGGCUUCAGAAUAAUCCCGUCCUCUGUCUGUUCCUCUCAUCCCUUGAGUUGCAGGGGGAGAAGGGGGACCCUCUGAUAAAGGUUACAUUUCUGUGCUACCAAGUACCAAUCACGCUGCUGACCACAAGUCGGAAGUGUUGACAGGCGGGAAGCCCUGCCAUGUCAUCUGUACCCUGAGCCCACACUGGCCUUGAAGAGGAGGCACAAGGGCCUCAUACUGCAGCUAAGGUUGAGGCUGAGAGAGAAAAAAGACCUUCUUCCCCUCAGAGCACCAGUGAGAAAGUGCAGCGCUGACCCAGCAGCUCACGCUCUACACCCCACAUGACAAGAUCCUCAACAGGGCGACUUGAGCCUGGAGGCAGUCAGGGCACCGAGUCUAUGAUGAGAUUUAGAUCUGUGUCUUCAAAUCCAUUGCAUCUGGCCUGGGAAAGAGGCAAGUGUCUCUACUAUACACCUCCAGGGUCAACAAGCUACAGACCUGUAGGAGGGAGCAGGCAGGUGGCACCUUGUGCCAGUGUCAGCCUUUCCCAGCCAUGGGGCUGAGGACGCAGGCAUUUGCUCAAAGCCACACUGAGAAAAGAAAAAGGAGGCAAUUUUAAUAUAUUUCAUUUAACUUAAUAUAUCCAAUGUGUUACUGUUUCAACGUACAGUCGAUCUGAAAAUUGAGUUUUUCUUCUUUGUAAGUCAUGGUUUGACUGUGUAGCUCAGGCUGACCUGAGCCUCAAUACUGGGAUUCUAGGCAAGCCCACCCUUCCAGCACUGAAUGCUCCCGCCGCCUUUUACAUUCGCUCUCACCAUGAAACUCCACCCUGUGCCUCCACUCACAACAGCUCACUUGGCAUCUCCACGCCAGGUGCUGGGUGGGCAACCUGCUGGCAGCCACUCUUGCCCCUCGUGCUGCUUUCUCUGAAACAGCUAGAGCAUCUUUGUUGUUGUUAUUUGGUUUGUUCUUCUAUGUGGAAUUGGUGGAUAACAGACUUUUUCUUUAAAGUAGGAUGCUAGAGCUGUACUCAGUUGUUGCACUUGCUCAGUGUGCACAGAUCCCUGGAUUCCUUUCAUCUCUAAGCAUCACAAAAACCAGAUGUGAGAGAGAGGGAUUGAGGCCAGCCUAGGAUACAUCAUACACACACACACACACACACACACACACACACACACA